GUUUCCCCCUUAGAAAGAAGAAGAGAACUCGUACAUUUGUGUGAGUAUGAAUGAGUAGAGAUGGGUUAGUGGGCAAGCCUGAAGCAUGUUAAGGGAGCGUGUAUAAAUGUGGAAGUGUACGAGAGGGCACAGUUUGGUUUGUGUUUGUUGGCUGCUGAACCGAGAGGAAAGAACUGCAUGUGAUAAGAUGCACACACAGACAGGCAUUCGCUGAUUUGUCAGACACACCCUGAAGAUUAUUAGUGAAGAACGGCAAGAGAAAGGGAUUCCCUUAAAAAGAGAAAGAGAGAGAGAGAAAAGAGAGAAGGAAGGAUGAGGUAUCGCCGCAGGGAGGCUGGUGUAGACGGUGGUGUGAGGUUAGUGAUGGAGAGUGCUCUCUCAGCAAGAGAUCGAGUGGGUGUCCAAGACUUUCUGCUCUUGGAGAACCCCAACAGCGAAGCCGCAUUUAUUGAAAAUCUGCGGCGACGGUACAGAGAAGGCCUCAUAUAUACGUAUAUUGGGUCAGUGCUGGUGUCAGUGAAUCCUUACAGAGAACUGGAGAUUUACUCCAAACAGAACAUGGAGCGGCACAGAGGAGUCAAUUUCUAUGAGAUCUCACCUCACAUUUUUGCCCUGGCGGAUAAUUCAUACCGUGCCUUGCGCACUGAGAGAAGAGAUCAGUGUAUUCUGAUCUCGGGAGAGAGUGGAGCUGGAAAGACUGAAAGCUCCAAGAAAAUUCUUCAGUAUUACACACACAUCUGUCCCACCCGCAACAACACACAAACUAUUAGAGAGAGACUGUUACAGUCCAACCCUGUUCUGGAGGCUUUUGGGAAUGCUAAAACUCUUCGGAAUGACAAUUCAAGUCGCUUUGGGAAAUACAUGGACAUUCAGUUUGACUAUAAGGGGGCUCCAAUAGGAGGUCACAUCCUCAACUACCUGUUAGAGAAGUCUCGUGUGGCCCACCAGAACCACGGCGAGAGAAACUUUCACAUCUUCUAUCAGCUACUGGAGGGUGGAGACGACCCUCUUUUGAAGAGACUGGGGUUGGAGAAAACCAACCCACAACAUUAUCAUUACCUAGUUAAGGGUAACUGUCCACGGGUGAGCUCCAUCAGUGAUAAGAAUGGCUGGAAAGUUGUGAGCAAUGCAUUCACCAUCAUUGGUUUUAAUGAAGAGGAGAUACAGGGGCUGAUGGAGAUUGUGGCCAGUGUUUUACAUCUGGGUAACACACAGUUUGGUGAGGAUGAGGAGGGUGAGACACACAUCACCACUGAACCUCAGCUGAGAUAUCUGUCCCAACUGCUGGGUGUGGACGGGUCAGUUCUGAAAGAAGCUCUUACUCAUAAGAAAAUUGUUGCCAAAGGGGAGGAGAUGAUCAGUCCCUUGAGUUUAGAACAGGCGCUCUCUGCUCGAGACUCAUUGGCCAAAGCCAUAUAUGGUGGUGCCUUUGCAUGGCUUGUCCAAAAGUUAAACCAAUCUUUGGCCUUUAAGGAUGAGGUCCACUACUCUAGCAAAUGUUCUUCUGUUAUCGGUUUGCUAGACAUAUAUGGAUUUGAAGUCUUUCAACACAACAGUUUUGAGCAGUUCUGUAUUAACUACUGCAAUGAGAAGCUUCAGCAGCUGUUUAUUGAGCUCACACUGAAGGGUGAACAGGAGGAAUAUGAGGCUCAAGGGAUCGUGUGGGAGAGAGUGGAAUAUUUCAACAACAAAAUCAUCUGUGACCUGGUGGAGGAGAAACAUAAAGGCAUCAUUGCCAUUCUGGAUGAGGAGUGCCUAAGACCAGGAGAUGCCAGUGACAUCACGUUCCUGGAGAAGCUGGAGGACACACUAGGGAACCAUGCCCAUUUUGUUACUCAUAAAAUGGCCAAUGGGAAGGUCCGCAAGGCAAUGGGGCGGGAGGAAUUUCGUCUGGCUCACUAUGCUGGAGAGGUCAACUACAAUGUAAAUGGAUUUCUGGACACAAAUAAUGACCUGCUGUACAGACACCUAAAAGAGGUGAUAUGUCAGUCAAGGAAUCACACUGUGAGUCAGUGUUUCCAUUCAGAAAAAUUGAUGGACCAGAGAAGACCAGAGACGGCUGCCACACAGUUUAAGCUCAGUUUGGCUAAACUGAUGGAGAUUCUGAUGUCUAAGGAACCAUCAUACGUCCGUUGUAUAAAACCCAAUGAUGCUAAACAGCCAGGUAGGUUUGAUGAAGUAUUGGUCAGGCAUCAGGUGAAGUAUUUGGGUUUGAUGGAGAAUCUGAGAGUGAGGAGGGCAGGAUUUGCAUACAGACGAAACUAUGAAGCGUUCCUAGAAAGGUAUAAGUCUCUGUGUCCAGACACCUGGCCAAACUGGCACGGGAAACAAUCAGAGGGAGUCGCCAUUCUGGUCAAACACCUCAACUACAAACCUGAGGAAUACAAACUGGGCAGGUCCAAGAUCUUUAUCCGCUUCCCAAGGACUCUUUUUGUGACUGAGGAUGCACUUGAGGCCCAGAAGCAAACCAUCGCCGUCACUGUGCAGAAAUCCUGGCGGGGCUACAGGGAGCGAGCCAAGUAUCAUCGUAUUCGAUCUGCAGUAAUUGCUAUCCAAUCAUGGUGGAGAGGGGUCAAAGGUCGCAGGAAAGCCAAGCAUCGUAGACAAGCAGCAGAUACCAUACGCAAAUUUAUCAAAGGCUUUAUCUUGCGCAAUGAGCCCCGUUGCCCUGACAACGAGUACUUCCUGGACCACGUACGAUACUCCUUCUUGAUGAAAGUGAGACGGAAUCUGCCAAAAAGUGUGCUCGACAAGAGUUGGCCAAGACCUCCACCUUCACUGACUGACGCAUCUGAGCUCAUUCACAGACUGUGCAUACGCAAUCUAGUCAAUGACUACUGUAGGAAAAUCCAUUCCGAGUGGAAGAAGCAGCUGGAACAGAAGGUGGUAGCCAGUGCAAUCUUUAGGGGUCAGAAGGAGUGCUACCCUCGAAGCGUUCCCAAACUUUUUGUGACCACCAGGCUAGAAACGGAGGAAAUCAAUCUCAAAGUAUUGCAGACUCUUGGAAAUGACAACAAAGUGAAGUAUGGUGUCGCCGUCAUCAAAUACGAUCGUCACGGUUUCCGAGCACGUCCACGUCAGCUACUGCUGACCACUUCAGCUGCUGUGUUGGUCCAGGAAGCAAAAGUCAAACAACGCAUUGACUACAGCACCUUGCUGGGCAUCUCUGUUAGUUCCCUCAGCGACGGCUUCUUUGUUUUGCACGUUCCCACUGCUGACAGUAAGCAGAAGGGUGACCUGGUGCUCCAAUGUGAUCAUGUGAUCGAGGCUGUCACCAAACUGGCUAUCAUGGCAGACAAGAUACACAAUGUCAACAUCAGUCAGGACAGUAUCAGGUUUGCAAUAGCGAGAGGAAAGGAGGGAGUAAUACAUUUCACCUGCGGUCAGGAACUAAGUGUGAUGAAAACCAAGAAUGGACACCUCUCUGUGACCACUCCUCAGAUCUCAUGAUCAGCCAGUGACAGCUUACCAACAGAAGGAAUCAUGAGCAUUUCCGAAGAGAGCUUUAGCCAAUCACCAGACAAAGCCAGACAAUACUUUGUAUGCUUCAAACCAAAGCCACAUAUCAGCAAUUGUAUAAUAAUAACCCUUUGAUGCACAAGCUAUUGAAACCCCUUCUAAUGCACAACGUGGGUCUAAAAUGUUUUUUCAUGCAUGGCUGGGUUUUUGUUUUCGUUUCAUCUUUUGAAAUUAAUAUUAUAUCAGAAUUUAUUAUUCCAUGAUCUAUGAAAUCCAUGAUUCAUGAAUAUUAUGAACAUUUUUAUUAGAUUUUUUCCCCAGGAUUUUGUGUGACCAAAAUGACCCAUGAAUACAAUAAUGAUUAAACAAAAAAUAAAGACAACAUUUUGUUAAAAUAUUCAUUUUAGUUAUUUAGACCAACACAUUUUACACUUGAAAUAUAUUUAUUUUCCCCUUUUUCACACUUAACAUAUCAUAACUGCUAACACUUAUUUGAACUGUAGUCUAUCUGUAGCGCAACUUAAGUGAAUUGUGGUGACCAAAUAAGAGAAAAAAAUAGACUAAUUAACAUCACACAUUUCUAGUGCCAUUUCACAUUGCUAACUCAGUGCUUACACGACUCACACAAAUGACAACUACACAUUUGGGCUCCUGCAUCAGGACUAAGAAUGACCUUAUCUUCCUCAUCCUGUUCAUCACACAAGACUCUAAGACCAUUUCAGCAUUCAGCAUCUAGAACGACUGGGACCAGCCAUAAUAACACUCUGGAUAAAUAAAAUCACAAGAAUAUUUUCAAAUGCACAUCAAACAGUUGGUCAAGUACAGUACUUAUAUAUUGUCACCAUUAGACAGAAACCUUGUGUGUCGAAAACAUACUUUUCAGGAACACUGACAGACAUAAAAGGUGACCAAUAUCAUUGAUUUAUGACAACAACAAAAAAGAAAUAUGGAGAGACAAGGUUUCUGCAGAAAAGCAACAAUAUAUACUUGUAAUAUUCUAUUCUAUUUUGUUGAUCUAGCUAACAUUCGCUAGCUACAAUAGAAUAUGGCAACAUGUGUUUGGAUCUCUUUCUCAUUUAGUAAUAGAUUUCAAGGUCAAGGAAAUCUUAGCCUAACAUUCAAAUAUGGUUUCUAGUUAUCUUUCAGAAUAUAUCAAAUAUUUUCUGUGGUUAAAAACAUGCAUUCAUUAAGUUGUGAAAUGUGUGGUAGGAAAAUAUGCUAAUAUCAAAGGCUCCUAUAUCGGUAAUUUUUGACCCAUUUGUGUAAAAUUGAUGUAAAAAUACAAAAACUGUAGGUAAGAAAAGGAAAGUAAAAAAAAUCAAUUUCACCUUGGAAUUAUCACUUUGGAAGGUUCUAUCUUACAUUUUUGUCAAAACUGUGUCAUUUACAUACAGUAUUCUUAUUCUGUGACUUAUUUACACUGUGAUGUUUUUUCUUUGUUUUUUACAUUUUUGACCUUUUUAUAAGAACACAACUAAGUUAUCUACGAAGUCAAAUGAAAUGCAAAAUCUUUUAAUCUCGAUAUCUCAAAACUGCUCAGAAUGCAGAUAGAACCUGAUCUUUAUAAGGUGGCUAAAAUUAUUUCUGGAAAUCAAAAUCAAGAUAUUUAAUGAAUACCUGUAAUAUUAAAUGAUGAAAUACGUUUUUUUUUCAAAGAUUCAGCAAAGAAACACUCAUCCGUGAUUGAAAUAACGUAAUAAAUGACUGCGGGUCAUUUUAGACCCAUGUUGUGCAUUAGAAGAACUAUUUUUAUUCCACAAGUAAGAAAUGGAAAAAUGAAAAUAACGAUUUGUGAUGAUCAGAGUUAAUUGAGGAAUACCUGGAAUACAAAAUUAUAAAAUUAAUUUCUUGCAAAGAUAUAGAAAAUAAAGACUCUGUCGGGUUAUUUUAGACCCAUGUUGUGCAUCAAAGGGUUAAAAUGCAUUUUUGUUUGUUCACUCUUUAGAAUACCAAAACUUUGACUAAGGUUUAGGGUGCUUUUUAAUGAUGAUUUUGUAAAUGAAUUGAUGGUCAUAUUUUCUCUUUGCGUAAUAAUCAAAUGAGAUCUGUGCUACAUAUGUUAUAGACUCAAUCUUAAAGACAAACAUAUAUUGUUUUAAAUUAUGUCAUAAGCUACAGAAAAACAGAAGGUAGUAGACACCCAAUCUGUCAGUGCAAUAUGUACUUUUUUGACAGUUAUGCUUUUAAAAAUUUGUAUUGAAUGCAAUGUCCUGUAACAAUAUAGAGGCCUGUAUCGUUGGUUUAUACAAUGCUGUGAACAAGUAUUUGCCCCUUCCUGAUUUGUCAUGCUUAAAUGAUCCAGAUCAUCAAACAAAUUUUAUUAUUACACAA